AUGAAUAUCUGCGACCUAAAUCUGCAAUGGAUUCGGUCUCAAAUCGGCAAUGUAAGUCAAGAAUCAAGUCUAUUCAAUGGUACGAUUGCGGAAAACAUUGCAUAUGGUGAUACUUCGAGGCAAAUAUCAUUGAACGAAAUUGUGGAAGCGGCUAAGAGUGCUAACGCUCAUCAAUUCAUCGAAAAAUUACCGCAGCAAUACGAAACAAACUGUGGUAAUAAAGGAAUCCAGUUGUUCGGAGGUCAACGACAAUGCAUUGCUAUAGCGCGAAUCUUUAUUCGUAAUCCAAAAAUUUUGUUACUCGAUGAACUGACAAGUGCAUUAGGCAUGUAUAAUACGAUUUUGACUAAAGCUUAA